CUCUGCGGGCCGCCGGAGAUGCUGCGGCAGAUCAUGCAGCUGGCGCAGCGGGAGAACCUCACCAACGGCGACUACGUCUUCUUCUACCUGGAUGUCUUCGGGGAGAGCCUGCGGGGUGACUCUGCCCGCGACCCCUUCAAGCCCUGGCAGCAGAGCCCGGGCCAGGACUCGGGGCUGCGCGAGGCUUUCCAGAUGGUGCUGGUGAUCACCUACUACGAGCCCCAAAACCCUGAGUACCAGCACUUCCAAACCCAGCUCAUCCUGCGAGCCAAGCAGAAAUUUGGGGUGCAGCUCAACUACUCCCUGAUGAACCUGGUGGCAGGGUGUUUCUAUGAUGGGAUGCUGCUGUACGCCAUGGUUCUGAACGAGACCCUGCGGGAGGGCGGCUCCAAGAAAAACGCCACCCACAUCAUUGAGAAGAUGCGGGACCGCAAGUUCCAGGGGGUGACAGGGCUGGUGAGCAUGGACAGCAACAAUGACCGGGACACUGACUUCAACCUAUGGGCCAUGGGCGACCCUGAGAGCGGGCAGUACGAGGUGGUGGGACACUACUCAGGUGUGGAGAAGCAGAAGCCACGCUUCAUCCCUCCCCUGCGUGACCCUCCAUCCCCUGCAGAGCCACGCUUGAUCCAUCCCCUACGCAGCCCCGAAUCCCCUACAGAGCACCGUACCUCAUCAGGCCCCUAUCUGCGUGGCUCCAGCUAUGGCUCCCUGAUGACCACCCACGGCAAGUACCAGAUCUUCGCCAACACCGGCCACUUCAAGGUUAGUGUUGCACAUGGGGAGCUGCGUGGGACCAGGCUGGGAGUGUGUGGCCCGGUGCUGUUCGAGCUGAAACACAUGCGGGACAUCCAGUUCAACCACCUGACCCGCUUCAUCGGGGCGUGCAUCGACCCCCCCAACAUCUGCAUCAUCACCGAGUACUGCCCGCGGGGCAGCCUGCAGGACGUCCUGGAGAACGAGAGCAUCAACCUGGACUGGAUGUUUCGCUACUCCCUCAUCAAUGACAUCGUCAAGGGAAUGGCCUUCCUGCACAACAGCAUCAUCGGCCACCACGGCAGCCUCAAGUCAUCCAACUGUGUGGUGGACAGCCGCUUCGUCCUGAAGAUCACCGACUACGGGCUGGCCAGCUUCCGCUCACCCUGCGACAGCGAGGACACCCACGCCCUCUAUGCCAAGAAGCUGUGGACAGCCCCAGAGCUGCUACAGAAGGGGCACCUGCCCACCCCGGGCAUGCAGAAAGCUGAUGUCUACAGCUUCGGCAUCAUCGUGCAGGAGGUCGCCCUGCGCAACGGCCCCUUCUACAUUGAGGGCAUGGACCUGAGCCCCAAAGAGAUUGUGCAGAAGGUGCGGAACAGCCAGAAGCCCUUCUUCCGCCCCUCCAUCGACAUCGGGGUGCACAGCGAGGAGCUGGCCGUGCUGAUGGAGCGCUGCUGGGCACAGGAGCCGGCUGAGCGCCCCGACUUCAGCCAGAUCAAGAUCUUCAUCCGUAGAUUCAAUAAGGAGGGCAGCACCAGCAUCCUGGACAACCUGCUGUCACGCAUGGAGCAGUACGCCAACAACCUGGAGAAGCUGGUGGAGGAGCGGACGCAGGCCUACCUGGAGGAGAAGCGCAAGGCAGAGAACCUUCUCUACCAGAUCCUGCCCCACUCCGUGGCGGAGCAGCUGAAGCGCGGGGAGACGGUGCAGGCUGAGGCUUUCGACAGCGUCACCAUCUACUUCAGCGACAUCGUGGGCUUCACCGCUCUCUCAGCAGAGAGCACCCCCAUGCAGGUGAGAGCAGGGUUGGACGAUCUCUACACUUGCUUCGAUGCCAUCAUCGACAACUUCGACGUCUACAAGGUGGAGACCAUCGGGGAUGCCUACAUGGUGGUGUCAGGGCUGCCGGUGCGCAACGGGAAGCUGCACGCCCGCGAGAUUGUCCGCAUGGCCCUGGCCCUGCUCGAGGCCGUCAAAACCUUCAAGAUCCGGCACCGGCCCAACGACCAGCUCCACCUGCGCAUCGGCGUACACACCGGUCCUGUGUGCGCCGGCGUCGUGGGUCUGAAGAUGCCGCGGUACUGCCUCUUCGGGGACACGGUGAACACCGCAUCCCGCAUGGAGUCCAACGGCCAGGCCCUGAAGAUCCAUGUCUCCUCCACCACCAAGGAAGUCCUGGAUGAGUUUGGCUGCUUUGAGCUGGAGUUGCGUGGGGAUGUGGAGAUGAAGGGCAAGGGGAAGAUGCGGACAUACUGGCUGCUGGGCGAAAGGAAAGACCCCAAAGUCAUCUGA